AUGGCGGACAAGGAGGGCUCAGAGUUCGUGGUCAAGUGGGAUGGACCGGACGAUCCUGGAUGUCCCCUUAACACACCGACAUGGAGGAAGUGGGCAAUGACGAUCAUCCUUGCUGUCUCCUGUCAAUGCGUUACAUGUUGUUCGAGCAUGGCGGGGAGUACGUACGGCGGGAUGAUGCCUGAAUUUGGAGUAUCACGGGAAGUGUGCGUCCUGAGCAUAUCGCUUUUCGUCGCUGGUCUAGGCGUUGGUCCGCUCUUUCUGGGUCCCGUAUCUGAGUUCAUUGGGCGGGCGAGGGUGAUGCACGUUGCGUUCCUCGCUUUCUUCCUCUUCAACUUCCCUGUCGCUUUCGCCAACAAUAUCGCUGUCCAUCUCAUCUUCCGCUUCCUUACUGGAUUCGGUGGUAGCGCCUUCCUCUCCGUAUCAGGUGGCGCCAUAUCGGAUGUCUUCCCAAAUGCGAAAGUAGGAACGCCAAUGAUGAUCUUCUCGGCUGCGCCCUUCAUCGGUCCUGUGCUCGGCCCGCUGAUAUCCGGCUUUAUCAACCAGAACACAUACUGGCGUUGGACGUACUACGUGAUUAUCAUCUGGGCAUUCGUCAUGCUUGUCCUGCUCCUCGUCUUCGUUCCCGAGACGUACGAUCCGGAAUUACUACGAAGACGGGCUGUCUUGAAACGCAAAGAAACAGGCGACGAGCGCUACAAAUCCCCUCGCGAACUAGCCAACAAAUCCUUCUCCUCUGCCCUCUCCCACUCGCUCAAAACUCCCUUCGUCCUCCUCUCGACUCAGCUCAUGGUGCUCUUCCUCGACCUGUGGUCGGCCAUCAUCCUCGGCAUCCUGUACCUAUCGUUCGGCGGCGUCCCAUAUGUCUUCCGUACGCAGUAUGGCUUUGACCUGCAGCAGAGCGGGCUGGCAUUCUUAGGGAUUGGGUUGGGGCAGGUCAUAGCCGUUGGGACGCAACCAUAUUUUAACCGGAAAUACCGCGAAACGGCCAAAGCCGCCGGCGGUCUCGCCCCACCCGAGGCCCGUCUAGUCGCAGGCAUGUACGGCGCCGUGCUCGCUCCCCUCGGCCUCCUCCUAUUCGGCCUCACCUCAUUCCCCAACGUCCCCUGGAUCAUCCCCAUCCUAUCUACCAUGUUCUUCGGCAUGGGCAUGGUCUACGCAUAUACCUCGACCUUCACGUACCUCGUCGAUGCGUACCGCCCCGUCGCUGCCAGUGCGCUCGCUAGUAAUUCGUUUUUACGGAGCGCGUUCGCAGCGGGAUUCCCACUCUUUGGGAAUCAGAUGUAUGAGCAAUUAGGGGCGGUAGGCGGAUCGUGCCUCCUCGCGGGGUUGAUGGCGCUCUGUAUCCCGCUGCCUUUUGUGUUUCACAAGAUAGGGGGGAGAAUACGGGAACGAUCGGCAUUUGCGGCCUCGUGA